GCGUGAACAGAAAAGUCACCUAUUCCCUGUCAGACUCUGCAGAUGGUUACUUCUCAGUUGAUCAGUCAUCAGGAAUCAUUAUUUUGGAGCAUCCGCUUGAUAGAGAGCUUCAGUCUUCCUAUAACAUCACUGUAAAGGCCUCAGAUCAGAGCAUUGUGCUGACCUUGUCCUCAUUUGCCACUGUCACCAUUACAGUGCUGGACAUUAAUGACAAUCCCCCUGUGUUUGAAAGAAGAGACUAUCUUGUUACAGUACCUGAAGAUACUUCACCUGGCACUGAGGUCCUUUCUGUUUUUGCUACAAGCCAAGACAUUGGUACUAAUGCUGAGAUUGCCUAUCUCAUCAGAUCGGGGAAUGAGAAAGGGAAGUUCAGGAUUAAUUCAAAAACAGGAGUCAUUUCCAUUUUUGAAGCUUUGGAUUUUGAAUCGUGUAAGGAUUUCUACUUAGUAGUAGAAGCAAAAGAUGGAGGCACUCCAGCCCUGAGCGCCGUUACAACCGUAAAUGUAAACGUGACAGAUGUCAAUGACAACGCACCGAAAUUCAGCCAGGCGGUCUACAGUGCAGUCAUCAGUGAGGACGCGGCCGUUGGGGAUUCGGUGAUAAUGCUCAUAGCAGAAGAUCUGGACAGUCCUCCCAAUGGCCAGAUUCAUUUUUCCAUAGUGGAUGGGGAUCAAGACAAUGAAUUUUCAGUUGAUCCUGUUUUGGGACUGGUGAAGGUUAAAAAGAAAUUGGAUAGAGAAAGGAUAUCGGGUUAUUCAUUAGUUAUCCAGGCAAGAGACAGCGGCACCCCUCCUUUGUCUUCAUCUGUGACGGUCAAUGUGGACAUUUCUGAUGUGAACGAUAACAGCCCUGUAUUUACUCCAGCUAACUACACCGCUGUAAUUCAAGAAAAUAAACCAGUGGGCACAAGCAUUUUGCAGCUGGUAGUGACAGACAAAGACUCUUUUCACAAUGGCCCCCCUUUUACCUUCACCAUCCUCACUGGCAAUGAAGAGGAGGAGUUUACACUGGACCCUCACGGCGUUUUGAGGUCUGCAGUCAUCUUCAAGCACAUGGUUGCAACUGAAUAUGUGCUCUGCGUGCAGGCAAAGGACUCUGGGAAGCCUCAGCAGGUUUCCCACACCUACGUUCAGGUGAGGGUUAUUGAAGAGAGCAUUCACAAACCGACUGCAAUUCCACUGGAGAUUUUCAUUGUCACCAUGGAAGACGAUUUUCCUGGGGGAGUCAUAGGGAAGAUUCAUGCCACAGAUCAGGAUGUAUACGAUGUCCUCACAUACACGCUAAAAUCAGAGCAGAAAAGUUUGUUCAAGGUCAACAGCCAUGAUGGGAAGAUCAUUGCCCUUGGAGGGCUCGAUAAUGGCAAAUAUGUCCUGAAUGUCUCUGUCAGUGACGGUCGGUUCCAGGUACCCAUCGAUGUUGUGGUCCACGUUGAGCAAUUGCUGCAAGAAAUGCUGCAGAACACAGUCACCAUCCGUUUCGAGAAUGUUUCCCCAGAAGACUUCGUGGGCCUUCACAUGCAUGGGUUCAGGCGUACCUUGCGAAAUGCAGUGCUCUCCCAAAAACAAGACAGCCUACACAUCAUCAGUAUUCAGCCGGUGGCAGGCAGCAAUCAGCUUGACAUGCUGUUUGCAGUUCAGAUGCACACUGGUGGUUUCUAUAAGCCUGCCUAUUUGAUUCAGAAGCUUACCAAUGCGAGGAGACACUUGGAAAAUGUGAUUCGUAUUUCUGCUAUCUUGGAGAAGAAUUGCUCUGGACUGGAUUGUCAGGAACAGCACUGUGAGCAAAGUCUGUCUAUUGAUUCACAUUCCCUGAUGACCUAUAGCACGGCACGAAUUAGUUUUGUGUGUCCCCGCUUUUACAGGAAUGUGCGCUGCAUGUGCAAUGGCCACACUUCCCUUAGCUUUGCUGGGAAUAGCUACAUCAAAUACCGGGUUUCUGAAAAUAGCAAGAAAGAGGAAUUCAAGUUGGCUCUCCGUCUGCGAACGCUGCAAAGCAAUGGGAUUAUAAUGUACACCAGAGCAAACCCCUGUAUAAUUCUGAAGAUUGUCGAUGGCAAACUGUGGUUCCAGUUGGAUUGCGGAAAUGGCCCAGGAAUUCUGGGAAUUUCUGGCAGAGCAGUUAAUGAUGGAAGCUGGCAUUCAGUCUUCCUGGAGCUGAAUCGCAAUUUCACAAGCUUGUCCUUGGAUGACAGCUACGUGGAGCGCCGCAAAGCCCCUCUCUAUUUUCAGACUCUCAGCACAGAUAGUUCUGUCUACUUCGGUGCCCAGGUCCAAGUGGAUAACGUUCGCAGCCUGACUGACAAGAGGACCACACAGGUCUUGAGUGGCUUUCAGGGCUGCUUGGAUUCAGUUGUCCUAAAUAACAAUGAACUGCCACUCCAGAACAAGCGCAGCAGCUUCGCAGAAGUGGUUGGCCUGACAGAAUUGAAGCUUGGCUGUGUCCUUUAUCCCGACGCCUGCGAGAGACAUCCCUGCCAGAACGGCGGCACCUGUACUGCCGUGCCAUCUGGUGGCUACCUUUGCAAUUGCCUCUCCCAGUUUACAGGAAGGAAUUGUGAGUCAGAGAUCACAGCCUGCUUCCCAAAUCCCUGCCGGAACGGAGGCUCUUGUGAUCCCAUCGGCAACGCUUUCAUCUGCAACUGCAAAAAUGGCCUGACGGGAGUAACGUGUGAAGAAGACAUCAACGAGUGUGAAAGAGAAGAAUGUGAAAAUGGUGGCUCCUGUGUCAACAUAUUUGGUUCAUUUCUGUGUAACUGCACUCCUGGCUAUGUGGGUCAAUACUGUGGUCUUCGCCCCGUGGUGGUUCCCAAUAUACAAGCUGGGCAUUCGUACGUUGGCAAGGAGGAACUGAUAGGAAUAGCCGUGGUCCUGUUUGUCAUAUUCGUGUUGAUCGUCCUUUUCAUCAUUUUCCGCAAGAAAGUUUUCAGGAAGAACUAUUCCCGCAACAACAUCACGCUUGUACAGGAUCCGGCUACUGCUGCCCUGCUCAACAAGAGCAAUGGCAUCCAGUUCAAGAACAUCAGGAACAGUGGAGACAGCAGAAAUAUCUACCAAGAGGUUGGGCCUCCACAGGUCCCAGUGAGGCCCAUGGCCUAUACCCCAUGCUUCCAGAGUGACUCACGGAAUAACCUGGACAAGAUAGUGGAUGGGCUUGGUGUAGAGCACCAGGAGAUGACAACGUUUCAUCCUGAGUCCCCUCGAAUACUGACAGCCAGGAGAGGAGUGGUGGUGUGCAGUGUAGCUCCAAACUUGCCUGCCGUGUCUCCCUGUCGCUCUGACUGUGACUCCAUCAGGAAGAGCACUUGGGAUGCUGGGACAGAAAGAAGUAAUAAAGGCAGCAACUCAGAAGUACAGUCCCUCAGCUCCUUCCAGUCUGAUUCCGGUGAUGAUAAUGCUUCCAUAGUGACUGUCAUACAGCUUGUCAACAAUGUAGUUGACACUAUAGAAAAUGAAGUGUCUGUUAUGGAUCAAGGACAGAACUACAACAGAGCUUACCAUUGGGACACCUCUGACUGGAUGCCAAGUGCUCGCUUGUCCGACAUUGAGGAAGUACCCAAUUUUGAGACGACAGAUGGAGGCUCAGCUCAUCAUGGCAGUACCAGAGAACUGGAAACAGAUUACUACCUUGGUGGCUACGACAUUGACAGUGACUACCCUCCCCCUCAUGAAGAGGAGUUUUUAAGCCAGGACCAAUUACCACCUCCUCUUCCAGAGGAUUAUCCAGACCAAUAUGAAACCCUCCCACCCUCGCAGCCAGUCUCAAUGGCAAGUACUCUCAGCCCUGAUUGCAGGAGACGGCCACACUUCCACCCUAGCCAGUACCUUCCUCCUCACCAGUUCCCCCAUGAGACGGACACCACAGGGUCUCAAACUGGGAAUGAAUUUAGUACUUUUGCUGUUGGCCCAAGCCAGAACACAGAAAACGUUAGUGCAGGUAAGAUGCCCUUAUCCUUGCACAACUCUCUAGAUGCCUCCUCCUCUGAUGUCUCAGCCAGCUGCGGCUUUGAUGACUCCGAAGUAGCCAUGAGUGACUUUGAAAGCGUGGAGGAACUCAACCUAGAAAAUGUUCACAUUCCAUUUGUGGAAACCCAGCAUCAGACACAAGUGUAA